AAUUUUUGAAACAGCGGGACUUGGCCGAUCCGAAUAAAAACAUUUCUAAAUUUCAAAUCUUCUUCCCUCUCUUUAUAUCGCUCACCCAGUGAAGAAACAUUCAUCGUCUCUCCCAAAACCCUAAGCUCUCUCCGAUCUCCGUUAGUUCAUUUCAUCUCUCUAGCAGCCAAUCGAGCGAUGACAUCUGUCCACCCGCCACCGGUACCAGGUCGCGAGCUCUCUAACCCUCCGACGGACGGGAUCUCGAACCUUCGGUUCUCUAAUCACAGCGAUAAUCUACUCGUCUCUUCAUGGGAUAAGACUGUGAGAUUGUACGAUGCAAGCGCGAGCGUUUUGCGAGGAGAGUUCAUGCACGGUGGGCCGGUACUUGAUUGCUGCUUCCAUGAUGAUUCAUCUGGGUUCAGUGCUAGCGCUGACAAUAAAGUUAGGAGGAUAAUGUUCAGCCAUGGAAAGGAGGAAAUAUUAGGUAGACAUGAUGCUCCUGUACGUUGUAUAGAGUAUUCUUAUGCAGCAGGACAAGUGAUCACAGGCAGUUGGGACAAGACAUUGAAAUGUUGGGAUCCAAGAGGUGCAAGUGGGCAGGAGCGUACUCUUGUCGGCACAUACCCACAACCUGAACGUGUUUACUCGCUAUCUCUUGUUGGAAAUCGUUUAGUCGUGGCAACUGCUGGAAGACAUGUAAAUGUAUAUGACUUGCGAAACAUGUCUCAACCUGAACAGCGAAGGGAAUCUUCAUUGAAGUAUCAAACUAGAUGUGUGAGAUGUUAUCCAAAUGGAACAGGGUAUGCUCUUAGUUCGGUUGAAGGGCGAGUGGCAAUGGAGUUCUUUGAUCUCUCAGAGGCCAGUCAAGCCAAAAAGUAUGCCUUCAAGUGCCAUCGAAAAUCUGAGGCUGGACGGGACAUUGUAUAUCCAGUAAAUGCCAUUGCAUUCCAUCCUGUAUAUGGUACAUUUGCAACUGGAGGUUGUGAUGGUUUUGUUAAUGUGUGGGAUGGAAACAAUAAGAAGAGGCUGUAUCAGUAUUCAAAGUACCCAACAAGCGUUGCCGCUCUUUCAUUCAGCAGAGAUGGGCGACUAUUGGCCGUUGCUUCGAGUUACACAUUCGAAGAGGGAGAUAAAGCACAUGAACCAGAUGCAAUCUUUGUACGUAGCGUAAAUGAAAUUGAAGUCAAGCCAAAACCAAAGGUAUAUCCUAAUCCUCCAGCGUAGCUGAUUAAGCAUAUUUUUAUCUUCUAUGUGGUAAUUCUAGAUGUGUGAGAUGUUAAUUGCUUUGUAAGGCUUGAGUGAAUGGUCUGAACCAUGAAACUAAACUUUUUUUAAUCAUAGGCUAGAGAGUUUUUUUUUUCUCACAUCCUCUGUGAAUUUGUUACAACUAGACUCUAAUACCCCUUUUUCCCACUUUCUGUUGAAAAGUGUUUACAUUGUUUUCAAAUGUUAACAGUACUUAGAAUCUGUUAUGGUCUAUGUUCUAA